AUGGCAAAUCGCACUGCUAAAGAUGCACAUACCGUUCGAGGUACAAAUCCUCAGUUUCUAAUUGAAAAAAUUAUUCGACAGCGCAUCUACGACAGCAAAUAUUGGAAAGAGUACUGUUUUGCACUCAGUGCUGAUCUCGUUGUCGAUCGUGCUCUUGAGCUGCGCUAUAUCGGCGGCAUUUACGCAGGGAAUGUGAAACCGACACCAUUUCUUUGUCUUUCGCUUAAGAUGCUACAGAUUCAACCAGAAAAAGACAUUAUCAUUGAAUUCAUUCAACAGGAACAAAGCAAGUACGCUCGAGCAUUAGGAGCCAUGUAUCUGCGACUCACCUUCACAUCUGUAGAAAUUUACAAAUAUCUGGAACCAUUAUUCAACGAUUAUCGGAAGCUUAGAUACAUGAACAAACAAGGAAGGUUUGAAUUAGUCUAUAUGGAUGAAUUCAUUGAUAACCUUCUUCGAGAAGAACGGUACUGUGACAUUCAGCUGCCGCGAUUACAGAAGCGGCAGGCACUCGAAGAAGUUGGAGAGUUGGACCCAUAUCGAAGUCUUCUCGAUGAAGAUCUUGAUGCCUUAAGUGCUUCAGACAGUGAAGAUGAAAGGGAGAAGAAGGAGAAACGCAAGGAGAAACCACGAUUGAUAUCAAGACGACGAAGUCGCAGCAGGGAUCGCUCAAGGGAGCGCGAAAGGACAAGGGAAAAAGUAAAAGACCGGGAUAGAGAUGACAGAAAGCGGGAUCGUUCGAGAGAACGGGACAGAGACCGUGAGAGAGAAAGAGACAGAGAUAAACACAAUGACAGAGAUCGUCACGAGAAAGAACGUGAUCGCCACAGGGAUAGAUCACGUGAUCGCGACCGAGACAGAGAUAGAGACAGACGAGAUGUUCUCAAGUUUUGGAGAGAUGUUGACGAGAUCCUUGAGCCGUAUCCAGCUGAGCUCUCAGCCAGUCCAUCCGUGUAG